UGCUGUGACAACGCUCAGCGCUUGUUGAGAGCAGAUUCCGUGCCACUUUUCCUGCGGCGCGGGGCACUAUGGAGCCUGCAGUGGCGACAGCACCUGAAGAAGAUGUAUUAAGGAGGCACCUGCGGGACUUGAAGAAGUGUGGAAACACGUGGACCGGCUAUGCUGACUGCAGAGAGGCAUACGAAGAGCUUUUAAGGGACCUCGCCGCUGUCAGUAUGUGCUUCCAGACUGAGCACUCCGUGAAGCCAAAAGGCAUGCUGAUGUUCAGCACUCAACGCGGACAUGUGGUCAUAAAUGAAGACAUGCCUUUUAAGGUUGUCCAGACAACGGACAGAGGCUGCCUCUUUGGGAGAGACCUGCACAAGGUGCAGGAUUCAAGAAAUCGACAGGAGAAGCAUGCCGACUGGUCAGCAGCUACCUUCCAGCGAAAAAAGGUGAAGCUACAAGGGACAAAGAAGAAGGGGUGUACUGCAACGAUGCAUGUGAAACAAGUGGAGUUGUAUCCAGAAUUCAGGAUCAACAUCCCACAACCAUGUACCAAAUGGCAGCACGAAGCAGCUUCAAAGGAAACAAUCUCUCGACUGAGGUUGGCAUUGCAAGAAGCAGCUAGUGGUAAACCUGUUCUGCACCAGCAUCGCUUCUAUGUCUGUAUGUCCGACAGGGAAAGCCACUCUAAUCAUGACAUUGAUGCUCGCUGUGCAGGCUACGCACAGCCGAUAAAUUCAGAAGUGUCCAAAAAAAUUUGUGAGCUGGUACAACAAGGUGUGACAUCUGUAAAAACUGUUGAAAGCUGCCUAAGGUUUUUUGUCCGAGAUGUACUGUUCUCAAACAAGCAGUGCCCCCCGUCUACUUGCAGAGAUUUUUACCCUACAAAGACAGACAUAAAAAAUCAUAUCCAGAAGGCACUUCGUAAGAACAGAUUUAGUUCACUUGAUCAAGAGAAUGUGGCAGUGUAUGUAGAACAAAUGAAAGAGAAAGCACCUAGAACAAGAUGUUUUUUCCGCGCCUAUCAUGUCAAGUCUCUGGAAAAUGAUCCUGACGGGCAAAAGGAACCGCAGGCCGAGUUACUUGAUUGUGACGCUUUAGAAACUGUGGCACAGGAAUGCGAGCCGACACUGUUGCUUUGCAUUCAGACUGAGUUCAUGAAGGAGUUGAUACUUAAGUAUAGUGAUGUUGUCGUAUGUCUUGAUGCUACGUACAAAACAACGGAUUAUGCCCUUCCGCUCUUCCUUAUUGUGGUGAAAACUUCAAGUUGCUAUGCUGUUGCAGGUGCUUUCAUCGUGCAAUUUGAAACAGCUCUCUGCAUCGAAGAGGCACUAAACAUCUUUAAGGCCUGGAAUCCAACCCUAAGUCCUAAGUUUUGGAUGGUGGACUAUAGCCAGGCAGAGAUCAGUGCACUUUCUGCUGCCUUCCCGAACAGUCGGCCAGUCCUGUGUGACUUUCACCGAGAGCAGGCUUGGCACAGGUGGCUUUCAAAAUAAGAAAAUGAAGUACAAGAUGUUGACGAUGUCAAGAAAAUGCUGAGGCAAGUAGCAGCCAGUACGAACGAGGAUGACUUGACCAAAGCAAUUGAAACUGAAGGAGUCACAACAAUGGAAGGGAAACGAGAAGCUACAAGCCUAUCUAAGCAGUAAGUGGCUUUCAGUAAAAGAAAUGUGGGUGAACAAGUACAGGUUGGACCUUCCUUUUGGCACAAACAACGGAACAGAAUAAAAAAACAAGGAGCUCAAGGCAUACUUGGCUGGAAACAGUGGUCGCCGUAGCCUGCAAGGGCUUUUGAGUGUCUUAGUUGAAAGCUUUUUUCCGGCAAAAGAGGUGCAGUUCUUGUAAGCAAAUCUGAGUUUUUCUCCUUCAUACCGCCUUUACCAUCAUGAUGUGCCAGAUUUUCUCCAUGGGAGGCCCCCUGUUGUAGCUAAGCAUAUUAUGGAGCGGCUCACAAGAGCAUCUGAUUACAGGUCGGAGGACGUGGAAGUCGGCAGUGAAGGAGGAACAUUUCGCAUUCGUUCUGUCACUCAGGGUAGUGGCCUUCAUGAGGUUAACUUCAGUGAUCGAAGUUGUACGUGCUUCGACUUCAAGAAGUCAAAAUUGCCAUGCAAACACUUUGCUGCCGUUUUUUUGCUUGUUGAUGGGUGGGGCUUUUCACGUCUACCUGUGGAAUACAGGGAAGGGCAUAACAUGACUGCCCAUUCUAUCACAAGCUGCACAUCUGCUGACACAGAAGACCCUGAAGUGCUAGCUGAUCCAAUCACUGAAGAGUUUGAGUGUAGUUUGCAGAAAACAUCUGAACAAAGUAGGCGCCACUUAAAAUAAAAAAUAAGGGCUGAAACCGAUCGUCUACUCUCUUCUCUAUACUACAUUCACAAUGACACAGUGUUGCAACACUUGUUUGGCGCGCUACAUGAGGCGAGAAUCCUCGCUGAAGAAAAUGUGACCGCAAGCAGUGGUAUCGCUGUACGAGGCUCACCAACAAAAUGGUGCUCAGCAGUGACAGAAAAAAAAGAGCACAGGCAUCACCAGCAACUGGAGUUGCAGUGAAGAAACUGCAGUUAAACAAAGACCAUCUGCCUCAGAAGGAGCACUGGGUCUCAAGGGAAAGGGUAGGCAGGAAGGCUGAAGUUAUGAGGAAAUGUUACAAGUCGCCGUUUUAUUUGUAAGCCAGCAGGUAAUGUUUGGUGCUUUGGAACAAGGAUCCUAAAAUAAAAACUGUAUUUUCAGUAUGCACGCCCCAUAGCUUGUAUGCUAAUGCACCCUUUUAGAUAGACUGAUCCAAUAUUCUUUGCUCCUAUUAGGUUGUAUAAUGUCUUUUGCUGGUGCGUGCUGGCAGACUAUGGUCCUUGUUGUCAACGAGACACUUUGCAUGACAUCUUCGUUUCUUUUUGUCUCACUCUGUUAACAAUGUUCUGUUAUGGUGCUCUUCUUCACUGUGGUUUAGUGGAGUCUGCCACACAUAAUACCAGUGUUUAUUUUUAGUUCUUGUUAUAAGUUCCUGAAAUGAUGUUUGUGCACUAUUCCUUUAUGACUAAUAUUCAUUUCUGUGCCACCUACGUGUAUUUACUUGGUGUAUAUCACUCAUUGCUUUCAAGUUUUAUUUUUAUAAUGUUUGUGCAGUAUUGUUUUAUGACACAUAUUCAUUUCUGUACCACCAAUGUGUAUUUACCUCGUGUAUGUGACUCAUUGCUUUUAAAUAUUAUUCUUAUGCUGAUUGAACAAUUCUUGACAUUCAUUUGUAAAAUUGAAUAAGAUGCAGACUCUGCCUCUGAUGCGUCUCUUGUGGCAGCAUUAGUCUUGCUGCUUGGCACAGCAUGCCCUCAAAUAUCAGACCUUCUUCUGUGUACUGUGCGUAGUAAAUAAUUAAGCACUAACAAAAAUAAAUUGUAUUCUGAUU